ACACUAUAAUAAAUACUAAAUAGAGAGGUUCUUACGUAUAUAGUAGUACAUAAUACAGUCUUGUAUUUACUGUUUACAAAUUCUUGAUUUCAUGUGUAUUGUCCGAAAUACAAACAACAAAAAUUUAAAUCAACUUGAUAAAAAUUGUGAUUAUAUUACACUGAAAGUAUAACCUGGUUAAAGAUGAAUUUUGAAGGGUCAGGUAGAGAAAGAUUCUAUUACCACAAUACACUGUUGUGUUUAAUUCGAUCUUUGCAAGAAAAGAAUAUUACUGUUGACCUUCGCAAUGACUCCUAUGUUUGUGGUAAAUUAGUUACAGUCGAUGGCUAUAUGAAUCUUUCAUUUAGUAAUGCUGUGUUUUGUGACACACAACAAAAUGAAUAUUUUUUUGACAAUCUUUUUAUACAAGCUCGGAAUAUUAGAUAUGUUCACAUACCAGAGGCGAUGUCCAUCUUAGGAAAUAUCAAUAAUGAAUUCAAAAGAAACAAAGGGAAAGCAGCUGGUCAGAAACCAGCUUUAAAAUCAAGAAAAGCAACUAAAGCACUUCAACAGCAUAUGAAGACUGUAGCAGAGUUAGACAAAUAAAUAAUGCUAAUAGACAUUAGCUGUGACUGCAGUUUUUGUGUAGUUAAGGAUUAGAAGGAUUGCUUCACAAACUCGUGUAUAAUAGUAAACUAAGUCUAUUUACGAUUAAAUCUUGUAAUGAAUAUAAAUUUCAAGCA